AUGUUUGGAGAAAAAUUGGAAGAAGUCAAUGAUCAGACGAUGGAUGAACCGAAAAAUCCGACUGCGAAAAGUACGGCAAAUGAAGCUGAAAAGAAUGAUGGAGUUCGCGAUUUUGUGUUCGAGGUGCUUCAUUUGAUGAAAAAGAAGAACGCUGGGAAAAUAACCUCAAAGUCGGCGCUAGAGGGGAUCGGUCGCUCACUAACGAACUCGCCUUCUCAGGGCUUGCUCGUGAAAAAGUAUCCUACUCUAAAAAAGAUCGCAGAUGUUCGUGAUACCGAAGAGCCGCCAAAUAUAACCGACAAGGAACUUCUCGAUCGCUUAUCAAAAGAAAUGUUCGGGAAAGGAAUGGAUAAAGUCGACGAUCAUACCCUGAGUGAGCCAGAUAAUCCGACGGCGCAGAGCACUGUUAAGGAAGCCGAAAAGGAUGAACACGUCCAUGAUUUCGUAUUUGAGGUGCUUGGUUUAACGAAAAAGGCGGGAGCGGGAAAAUUGACUCCGAAAUGGGCUCGAAAAGGGAUCGGGCGAUCAUUAAAGAAUUCGCCUUCUAAGGACUUGCUGUUGAGGAAGUAUCCUACUCUCAAAGAAAUCGCAGAAACUCAUAAACAAGUGGUCGAGUUUGCUAAGCUAUGCAGAGAAGCGAUAAGGGAAUUCCCAAGAGGCAGAAACAAAGCUGUUACGGACGAAGCCGCCGAUGCCGAUGUUCGUGGGUCCGAAAAGCCGCAAAGUACCGCUGACCUUCUUAAUCGUUUGGCGGAAGAAAUGUUUGGAGCAAAAGUGAAGGAAAUCAACGAACAUAUCCUGGACGAUCCGAAAAAUCCAACUGCGAAAAGUACGGCAGACGAAGCCGAAAAGAAUAACGAUGUCCGUGAUUUCGUGUUCGAGGUGGUUCAUUUAAUGAAAAAGGUGGGAGCUGGGAAUCUGAGUCCGAAAUGGGCGCUGAAGGGGAUCGGACGCUCGCUGAAGAGUUCUCCUUCUCAGGGCUUGUUGGUGAAGAAGUAUCCUACUCUCAAGGAACUCGGUGAUUCGUCAAAUACCGCUGACAAUGACCUUCUUGAUCGUUUGGCAAAAGAAAUGUUCGGAAAAAAAUUGGAAGAGGUUAAUGAUCACACGAUGGAUGAACCGAAUAAUCCAACUUGUCAAGACACAGCAAAGGAAGCUGAGAAGAAUGACCAGAUCCGUGACUUUGUGUUCGAGGUACUCGAUUUCAUGAAGAAGAAGAAAGCGGGAAAGAUAACUUCAAAAUCUGCGCUGAAAUGGAUCGGUCGCGCACUAACGAGUUCGCCUUCUCAGGGUUUGCUGGUGAAAAAAUAUCCUUCUCUAAAAGAGAUUAGAUGUCGACUUAAAAAAGACCGAGCUGCUAACAAAGACCUGCUCAAUCGCCUGUCGAAAGAAAUGUUUGGAGUAAAAAUGGAAAAAGUC